GUGUAGGUGCGUGUGUGUGUGUAUGUGUGUGUGUUUUUUUUGUGUUUUUUUCGCCUUCGUGGAUUGGGGUGCGAGUUGUAAAGCCUUGUCUGUACUGACGCGUGAGGAGGGAGAACAUUACAAAAUGUAUCCCCAUGUUUUCAGUCUACUGAACAUCGAGUGAAUUCGUCACUUUUAUUUCCCUUCUUCCCCAGCGAGCGAACGACGGACGACAGUUUCUUUUUCCUUUUUUUUUGGCGUCAUGUAGGCUCUGCUUCUCAGACUUUUUGGAAAACAAAUCGGGUAUUGUCGCUGAAUCCUCGGGAGAUGGCAGAGUAGUUCGACCUGCGCCACUUACCGAGCCGUGUUAGAGCACUUUGAAGACAUAACCCGAGAGGUCUACAAUGACAGCCGGGGGUAUGUUUCUUUUGGUUUUGAUCGUCACGGCCCUUCCCUGUUCUAGCAUGGAAGGCAAUGUGAGAACCACUGAAUGUUUGUGUGAGGGAGCGUCCUGUGGCGGUGGGGACCGGUGUUUUGGCCAGCAGUGCUUCAGCUCCCUCUCCAUACUGAACGGGACCUGGGUUCUUCAGAAAGGCUGCGUUGGUGAUGAAGGGGCCUUGCGGUGCGGAAGCCCACCAACUCCUGAGCUGGUGUUGGAGUGCUGUUACGGCGACUUGUGUAACAUGAACGUCUCAUUGCGGUCACCGGUUAAAGAUAUAGAAGUGUCUGCUGGCAGACCAGUCCUCAGAGACCAGGACUGUGUGUGCGAGGGCGGCGUGUGUGAGCGUGACCAUCGCUGCACAGGCCAGCAGUGUUUCUCCUCUCUGAAGAUGAUUGAUGGCGUGGUCGUCCAGCAGAAGGGCUGCCUGAGGGACGACGAGGAGGGCAGAGCCACCUGUGCCACGCCACCCUCGUCGGCCCAUGUUGUCAAGUGCUGCCAGGGCCAUCUGUGUAACAUGAACGUCACUGUGCAAGCUCCAGGGAAAGAGGAGGAGGUAAAGCCCCUGAUCAAAGAGGAGCACGAGUGUGUGUGUGAGGGCAGCUCGUGUGCAACGGGGAAUCGCUGCAUGGGCCACCAAUGUUUCUCAUCUCUGAUAGUCAGUGCCGGCUCCAUGGUGUACCAGAAAGGCUGCUUUAAGGUCUAUGAGCAGAGCACAUUGACCUGCAAGACCCCACCUUCCCGAGACCAGAUUGUGGAGUGCUGCCAUGGGCAUCUGUGUAACAUGAACAGCACUGUGGAGCUGCCUGUCAAAGCUGAGGAGCUAUCCAGCUACAGCGUGACCACACUGGCCAUCGCCAUCGUGGCGCCCAUCAUCGUCCUCAUCGUCCUCUCUGCUAUCGCUAUCCUUCUGUUCAGACGCAUCCACCACAACCAAAUGGAGAGGCUAACAUCACGAGAUGCAGAGUAUGGAACUAUAGACGGCCUCAUAGCGUCCAACGUGGGGGAGAGCACUCUGGCGGAUCUACUGGAUCACUCCUGCACUUCAGGAAGUGGCUCAGGGCUCCCUUUCCUCGUUCAGAGAACCGUUGCACGACAGAUCACACUUAAUGAGUGUGUGGGUAAGGGCCGUUACGGUGAGGUGUGGAGGGGUCAGUGGCAGGGAGAGAGCGUCGCAGUCAAAAUCUUCUCCUCCAGAGACGAGAAGUCCUGGUUCAGAGAGACUGAGAUCUACAACACAGUGCUGCUGAGACACGAGAACAUCCUGGGCUUCAUAGCUUCAGACAUGACCUCGAGAAACUCCAGUACUCAGCUGUGGCUGAUCACUCACUUCCACGAGAUGGGCUCCCUGUACGACUACCUUCAACUCAGCACCCUGGAUGCAUCCAGCUGCCUCCGCAUGGCGCUCUCCAUCGCAAGUGGCCUGGCACAUCUCCACGUUGAGAUCUUCGGCACUCAGGGCAAACCGGCCAUCGCCCACCGAGACCUCAAGAGCAAAAACAUAUUGGUUAAAAAGAACGGACAGUGCUGCAUUGCUGACCUUGGUCUGGCGGUCAUGCAUUUUCAAGACACCAACGAGCUGGAUGUGGGGAACAAUCCUAAAGUGGGCACAAAGCGCUACAUGGCCCCUGAAGUGCUUGACGACUCCAUUCAGAUGGACUGUUUUGAGUCCUACAAGAGAGUGGACAUCUGGGCACUGGGCCUCGUCCUGUGGGAGAUCGCCAGGAGGACAGUCAGCAACGGCAUCGUGGAAGACUACAAACCACCUUUUCAUGACGUGGUCCCAAGUGAUCCCAGUUUUGAGGAUAUGAAGAAGGUUGUGUGUGUGGAUCAGCAGAGGCCCAACAUCCCAAACAGAUGGUUUUCAGACCCAACUUUAACCUCCAUGGCUAAACUCAUGAAGGAGUGUUGGUACCAGAAUCCAUCAGCCAGAUUAACAGCGUUACGCAUCAAAAAGACUCUGACAAAGAUCGACAACUCUCUGGACAAAAUCAAAACAGACAUUUGAGCCUCCCUCGAGAGAAGAAGAGGCAGAAAUACGAAAGGCCUUUGAAGACGUCCAGAGGGUGGACCAUCAAAAGGAAAUCACAAAAGACAAGAGACUUGAUGGGUUCAGUGCCCUUAUAGUGGCACAGACCUAUAUUUAUUUUAAAACACUUGGCGGGACGCAUUUUGGCAUCCAAAGAUGGCUUACCGGGCAUUUUUGAGACUGCCAACUGUCUUGGAAAUAGGAAAGUAUCUAUUCAACUUAAAAUAUAGGAGCUGGAUUGUUAUCAGUGUUCUUCAAGGAAGAAAAUGUUACCUGGGCAUUUUGAGUAGGCUUGCUUUUCUUAAAACUUCAGAUUCAGUUUGACACAGUUUUUCGUUUGAAAAAUGUCCGAACAUAUUAGCAAUUUCACUUUAUCUCUUCUAUUGUACCGCAUUGUUCUUCUGUAUCGUAGUGGAUUCUUUGGGAAAAGCAGUCAACUUGCCAAUUGAACUCACCGGUUUAAUCUACAUACUUUCUUAAGCAACGAUCCCAGCGAGCAGUGUUAUGUUUUUACUUUGUGUGUCAUGUACCUCUGUUUGCGAUGCCGUCAGAGCAAAUUUCCUGGGUUGUAUCGUUUAGUUGUACGGCUGCGUUAAUGGCACUGUUCUUUUCCUGAGACAUUGUCCAGCUGAAGGUACUCUACCGCAAACCUUUUCUAUAUCACCAUGGAUUUCACAUUGAAUUUAUGUACCUGUACUAUGUUUCGUUUCUUCAGCUUUACAGAGACAAAUGCUAAAAGAACAAAUAAAAUAUCUGCUAGAUGAUGCUGAACUCUAUUCCUCCAGAGGCCUGUAAGUAAGCCUGUAAAGCCUGUAUACUGUCUUAACGCGUGCAUUGUUGUCUUAAUGCGUGCAUUGUCAAGUAAAUGAAGUCAAACUUCAGCCUUUUUUUAUUUCUUUAACAUUUUAUAUCAAUUAGUGAUUUAUAUUAAUUAAAUAGAAAAAAAUGUGUUU